AUGUUGAAAGCUUCAGCCACCAACCCGAGGAAGCAGCGGCGGGAGACCACCUUCACCAAGGCUCAGCUCGACGUCCUGGAGUCGCUCUUCGCCAAGACCCGCUACCCUGACAUCUUCAUGCGGGAGGAAGUCGCUCUCAAGAUUAAUCUUCCAGAGAGCCGAGUGCAGGUGUGGUUCAAGAACCGCCGCGCCAAGUGCCGGCAGCAGCAGAAGCAGCAGGCGGCGGGCGGCGAGAAGACCCCGAGAUCCAAGAAGGCGACCAAGUCUCCGCCUCCAUCCUCCACCCACACCUCCCAGCCGUCGGGCCAGACCACCACGGGCGGCCUCGGGGCAGGUGCCUCGCCGCCGCCCUCCGCAGGUGGCCACAGAGACGCUUCGCCGCCGUCGCCACCCCCGUCGGUCAGCUCGGCGCCCCCGCUGCCCCUCACCCCGUCCUCCUCCACAACCUACAACCCCAUUUGGUCUCCCGCUGCCAUUCCUCCCUCGGGGUCUGCAUCCAUCCCGCCCAUGGGUGACUUGAUGUCGCCUGCAUGCUUGGAUCGCAGCGGCUACGGGGGCGUGAGCCAGCAGGCGGCAGCAGCAGCGGCGUGCUACCAGAGCUACGCCGCUCCCUCAUACUACUCCAACAUGGACUACCUCACUCCCAUGUCACACUCACAGAUUAACGUACCGGUGAGUUCCAUGGCGUCCCUCAAUCCCAUGGGCGGCGGCGGACAGCAGAUGGGCUCGCACUCGUCGGGAUCAGGUCUGGGGUCGUCGUCCCUAGUCUCCACGUCUCUAGGAACCUCGUCGCUAGGAUCAGCGGGGUCCCUGGGUUCUAGUCAGUCCCUGAGCCCGCGGACCCCACCCACGGUCAACUCCCUCACGCCCCUGCCCCCCGACUGCCUCGAGUACACGGAUAAGAACACGGCAGCAUGGAAGUCCUAUCAGAGUUUCCAAGUCUUGUGAGCUGCAGAAGGAGACGUCUGACCCGAGGCCCUAGAAACGAACUGAAGGACUGCCAUACUUUACCAGUGAAUCAGAAGCAACUUUGUUUAGUUGUCAGAGCAACAAUGUUUAGUAGUCCAGAAUUCUGCUGCGUCCUGGUGUUCCCAGCGUGAGGAGGUGAAAUCAUUGAAAUCAUCCUGUGUAAAAGAGCGACAUCUCGCGCCCUUGGGAAGAGGCACUGCCAGCGUAGCAGUGGCUGCCGUGCGGUGCCAGAUCCAAUCAUAAGCUGACAGUUACAUUCCAAUUGAUAUUGAAACCAUACAAAUGGCCGAGAAACGUGUGUAUGUAUGUAU